CGCUGCCGCACCUCCAGCUGCCCUGGUUACGGUUGGUGUUUGUGAAUUCUCUGCUGCGCCUGUUCCGCCCCGGACUGGCCCCGCGGCGGUUUUCACACGCGCGCGCCGGCGUCACGUGGGCCAGGGCUCCCACGCGGACGCUGGCCGGCUGCUGAGGCGGGAGGAAGGCGCAGCGGCUACCGCUAGCCCUUCCCUCUCCGCCCCAGGGCUGGCGCGCGGAUAAAAAUGGCGAAAUGGGGGGUAGCCGGUGGGGAACCUGACGGGAUGGGGCGCAGAGGUGGCACUGUUGUGGGAGCCCGCUGAGGUGAGCGCAGCUGACCUGGCGACCUCGGGCCGGCGCCUGACAGCGCAGACACGGACUCCGAGGGUCGCCGAGGGCCCCGCCGAGAGCCGGAGGCAAUGGAUGAGCAGAGUGUGGAGAGCAUUGCUGAGGUUUUCCGAUGUUUCAUUUGUAUGGAGAAAUUGCGGGAUGCCCGACUGUGUCCUCAUUGCUCCAAGCUCUGUUGUUUCAGCUGUAUUAGGCGCUGGCUGACAGAGCAGAGAGCUCAGUGUCCUCACUGUCGUGCUCCACUCCAGCUACGGGAACUGGUGAAUUGUCGUUGGGCGGAAGAAGUGACACAGCAGCUUGAUACUCUCCAGCUGUGUAGUCUCACCAAACAUGAAGAAAAUGAGAAAGACAAAUGUGAAAAUCACCAUGAAAAACUUAGUGUAUUUUGCUGGACUUGUAAGAAAUGUAUCUGCCAUCAGUGUGCACUUUGGGGAGGAAUGCAUGGUGGACACACGUUCAAACCUUUGGCAGAAAUUUAUGAACAGCAUGUCACUAAAGUGAACGAAGAGGUCGCUAAACUUCGUCGACGUCUCAUGGAACUGAUCAGCUUAGUUCAAGAAGUGGAAAGAAAUGUAGAAGCUGUAAGAAAUGCAAAGGACGAGCGUGUUCGGGAAAUUAGGAACGCGGUGGAGAUGAUGAUUGCUCGAUUAGACACACAGCUGAAAAAUAAGCUCAUAACGCUCAUGGGUCAGAAGACGUCUCUUACUCAGGAAACAGAGCUGUUGGAAUCUUUACUUCAGGAGGUAGAACAUCAGUUGCGGUCUUGCAGUAAGAGUGAGCUGAUAUUUAAGAGCUCAGAGAUCCUCAUGAUGUUCCAGCAAGUUCACCGAAAGCCCAUGGCAUCCUUUGUUACCACACCUGUUCCACCAGACUUUACCAGUGAAUUGGUACCAUCUUAUGAUUCAGCUACUUUUGUUUUAGAGAACUUCAGCACUUUGCGGCAGAGAGCAGACCCUGUUUACAGCCCGCCUCUUCAAGUUUCAGGACUUUGCUGGAGGUUAAAGGUUUACCCAGAUGGAAAUGGAGUUGUACGUGGCUAUUAUUUAUCUGUAUUUUUGGAACUAUCAGCUGGUUUACCUGAAACUUCCAAGUAUGAAUAUCGUGUAGAAAUGGUUCACCAGUCCUGCAACGAUCCUACUAAAAAUAUCAUUCGAGAAUUUGCAUCUGACUUUGAAGUUGGAGAGUGCUGGGGCUACAAUAGAUUUUUCCGUUUGGACUUACUUGCAAACGAAGGGUACUUGAACCGACAAAAUGAUACAGUGAUUUUAAGGUUUCAGGUGCGCUCACCAACAUUUUUUCAAAAAUGCCGGGAUCAGCACUGGUACAUUACUCAGUUGGAAGCUGCACAGACUGGUUAUAUUCAACAAAUAAACAAUCUUAAAGAGAGAUUGACUAUUGAGCUAUCCAGAACUCAGAAAUCCAGAGAUCUGUCACCACCAGAUAAUCAUGUUAGCCCCCAAAAUGAUGAUACUCCCGAGACACGAACUAAGAAAGCUGGGUCAUGCUCUGACAUGCUUCUGGAAGGUGGUCCUACUUCAGCUUCUGUAAGAGAGAACAAAGAAGAUGAAGAUGAGGAGGAGAAGAUUCAGAAUGAAGACUAUCAUCAUGAGCUCUCCGAUGGAGAUCUGGAUCUGGAUCUUGUUGGUGAAGAUGAAGUGAACCACCUUGAUGGUAGCAGCUCUUCUGCUAGUUCUACAGCAACAAGCAACACGGAAGAAAACGAUAUUGAUGAGGAGACCAUGUCUGGAGAAAAUGAUGUAGAAUAUAACAGUAUGGAGCUGGAAGAGGGAGAGCUCAUGGAAGACGCAGCUGCUGCAGGUCCUCCAGGUAGUAGCCACAGCUAUGUGGGUGCCAGUAGCAGAAUGUCAAGAAGAGCACACUUAUGCUCUGCAGCUACCAGUAGCUUACUAGACAUUGAUCCUUUAAUCUUAAUACAUUUAUUGGAUCUUAAGGACCGGAGCAGUAUGGAAAAUCUGUGGGGUUUACAGCCUCGCCCAUCUGCUUCACUGUUGCAGCCCGCAGCAUCAUAUUCUCGAAAAGAUAAAGAUCAAAGGAAGCAGCAGGCAAUGUGGCGAGUGCCCUCUGACCUGAAGAUGCUGAAAAGGCUCAAAACACAAAUGGCAGAAGUCCGGUGUAUGAAGACUGAUGUGAAGACUCCACUGUCCGAUAUAAAGGGCAACAGUGGUGUUUCUGAAGACAUGCAGACAAACCUUUUCUGUGCUGACCAGGCAGCUCUGGCUACCUGUGGACCCGAAAACUCUGGUAGAUUACAGGAUUUGGGAAUGGAGCUUCUAGCAAAGUCAUCAGUCGCUGGCUGUUACAUACGAAACCCCACAAAUAAGAAGAAUUCACCCAAGUCAGCUCGGGCCAUAGCUGGCAGUCUAUCACUCCGAAGAGCUGUGGAUUCUGGAGACAACAGCCGUUCAAAGGCAGACUGUCAGGCUUUGUCUGAAGGCUCCCCAGGAAGCUCUCAGUCUGGGAGCAGACACAGCUCCCCCCGGGCUCUGACACACAGCAUCAUUGGGGACAUUCUGCCCAAAAGUGAAGAUCGACAGUGUAAAGCCUUGGAUUCUGAUGCUGUGGUGGUUGCAGUUUUCAAUGGUUUACCUACUGUUGAGAAAAGAAGGAAAAUGGUCACCUUGGGGGCUAAUGCAAAAGGAGGUCGUCUGGAAGGAAUGCAGAUGGCAGAUUUAGAAAGUCAUUCUGAAGCUGGGGAGGUACAGCCUACACUACCUGAAGGAGCCUCAGCUGCCCCUGAGGAAGGAAUGAGUAGUGACAGCGACAUUGAAUGUGACACUGAGAACGAGGAGCAGGAAGAACACACCAGCAUGGGCGCCUUCAACGAUCCAUUCCUGGCUCAGCCCCCAAAUGAAGAUUCACAUUCCAGUUUUCCUGAUGGUGAACAAAUAGACCCUGAAAAUCUCCACUUCAACACCGAUGAAGGCGGUGGAAGGUAAUUGCCAGACAUGAGAGCCGAGCUACAAGCUACCUGGUCCCUGAAAUUUGUUGGAAGUUGGUGCUCAAAAUUGUCAGCAGUCAGAUAAUCACACAUAUUUAGUCUCAUUUUUUUUGUCAUCUCUACCUGAAAUAGCAAUUCUGAAACUAUUAGAAGGUACAAAUUCCAGGAGGAUACAGUAGUAUAUAAGGAAAAGAUUGAGGCAGGGGAGUUCUUUCCAAUGUAAUGAACUAAUAGUGUAGUGUUCAGUUAAUUUAGCAAAUUAGUACAUUAACAACGGCAGCUCGUCUCCUGGAACGGAAAGCCAGCUGAGUGCCAGAGAGUACCUGGAGGCAUUGCGUGAUUUGCUCUUGUUCAGCAUCGGUGCUCUUCUGUCUUUGGCUGACACAUGGUUUAGAUGGCCAUAGUUUAAGUUUUUCAUUGGGUGGUAAUUUCAUUAAGGCUUGUAUAAUAGUGAACAGGAAAAUUGCUUAUAGGCAGAUUUCUUUCUUUGAAAUAUGAUGAUAGAACAAAUUUUAUGUUUUUUUCACUUGUUCAAGUGUUGGCCUACUGGGUAAUGAACACCUUCUUUCAGUUAUGUGACCUUUACAGAUGACAUUUAAAACGAGUUAGGUCAUUGUGGAUUGGUUCUAUGCAUGGUCAUUUGGACACAUGUAAGAUCACUUAAAGUGUUCAUCUUUUCUGCUUCCUGAAACAUAAAUAACCAUAGUGCAACAAAUAUUUUCAAACAAUAUAGUUCCAUUGGCUGGACAUUGACUUCAGUGAGUGCAUUUAAAGAUUUAUGCAUCCACAUGAAGCUGUGUGCAAGGCUUUCUCUCAAUAUUCCCAAUUUGCCCAAACCCCAAAUGAUUGCCAAAUUUUGCCACUAUGCUCCUGUGUUUGUGUUUGAGCUGUUGGAUGUUUGUCAAAGUUACCCUUAAAGUUGGCCAAGAGACUGCUGAAGAAGCAUGAUGUACAUCCACGAGAGCACUCUCUCGCCCGCUUGUGCUUAGUGACUCUCGUCUGCGUCCCAUGGCUGAUGGCUUGCUGAAUGCUAUGACUCAUAGUUACUGUUCUCUUAACAGCUUGCACUUUUUGUUAAUAAAGUUAACUUGAUAAAA